GAUUUACGAGCUGACAUAAGAUGCAAAAUAGAGUAAGGUUGAGGGGGGUAUUUGCAAAUUUCAAACUAAAAGACCAAAACCUCCAAUUUCAAUUUCUACAGCCAAAACCUAUCUCCAUCUCCAUUUUCUCCUUGGAUUUUUCUUGUUCGUCAAUCUUCCCAGUUCAGUUUGCUAACUAAGUUUGGUGAUUUCAUUUUCUCCUCCCCAAGGGCGGCGGAAGAAUCACAGCGAGGUGCCGCCGCCAGCUGAAUUUGUAUGGGUCAUCGCCGCCAUCAUCGUCUGCUUCCUCCUCCUCGACAUAAUUAUCAAUUGCAUCCAACUGGCUCGCGAGAAACAUCCUUUAAUUGGGCUAAUUGAUACUGAGAUAACCAUGGGACUUUCAAUUGGUUUUGUUCCACAUCAUCUAGCUUCUUUUCGAUUUGGCCAGAUUGCAUUUUGCAGCAGGCAAUCAGGGUCAGCAAGAAAAGGUUUGUGGCUUUGACAGUCACUUUAAUUCGGAGAAUGUUCCUCAGAUUAUCAACUAAGUUGUUAAAUAUAUCUAUAGCUUCCCUUUGUAGAGCCAAGCAAUUGGAGAAAGCAGAAGCGGCUAUAGUUGAUGGUAUUAAAUUGGGAGUACUACCAAAUGUCGUAACGUACAAUACUCUGAUAACCGGUUAUUGUCAGUUUAUCGGGUUCGAUGCUGGUUAUGAUGUUAUUCGCAGAAUGAAAGAAGCUGAGAUAACUCCUGAUGUUAUUACCUAUAACUCUUUAAUGGCUGGUGCCACAAGGCAGCAGAACUCAUUACAUCGCUGUCGUGAGAUGCUAGAUGAGAUGCUUCAAAUAGGAAUCACUCCUGAUAUAUGGACUUACAAUACAUUGAUGCACAGUUAUUUCAAAUCGGGAAAUCCAGGGGAGGCGUACAAGAUUUUCCAGGACGAAAUUAUUCUAAAGAAGAAUAUCUCUCCUUGUCAUGCCACAUUUAACAUCAUGAUUAACGGGCUUUGCAAGAAUGGGUGCAUUGGAAACGCCCUAAUGUUCUUUAGGUAUUUGAAGCAACAAGGGUAUGAUUUAGAUAUAGUGACAUACAACAUUCUUAUCAGUAGUCUUUGCAAAGCGCGAAUGUGGAAGAGUAUGAUGAGCCUUUUAGAGGAGCUUAGUGUGUCGGAUCACGAACCGAAUGCUAUUACUUAUACUGCGGUUAUGAAGGCGUGCUUCAGGCGUAAACAUUUUAGGGAAGGGCUUGAAAUUUUCUUGGAGAUGAAGAGUAAAGGAUAUGCAUACGAUUUGUUUUCCUACUGUACCGUUGUUGGUGCUUUGCUGAAAUCUGGCAGAAGCCAAGAUACCUAUAGCUUAAUUGCUCACAUGAUUAAGAUUGGGUAUGAACUCGAUAUAGUAUCUUACAACACCUUAAUUAACUGGCAUUGCAAGGAACGUAAAAUCGAAAACGCCUACAACUUAUCGAUUGUGGCAAAAGAGAGGGGGCUCAAAUGGGAUGCAUAUACACAUACUAUCUUGAUCAACGGUCUUUACAAAUCUGGCGAUUUUGAUGGUGCCCAGAGGCAUAUAGACCAUUUGGAAACAACGACAUUCGAUUCCUUAGUCACAACUAAUUGCUUCAUUGACAGUCUCUGUAAAUUUGGUCACUUAGAAUAUGCCCUACACGUUUUCCGUUCGAUGGUUGUGAAGGAUUCAUUUACCUACUCUUCAAUGGUGCACAACCUUUGCAGGGCAAGGAAGUACCGUUUGGCGUCUCAAAUCUUGCUAUCUUGCAUUAAAGCCGGUUUCAAAACACUAAAGUCGGAUCGAAGAGCUGUCGUUAAGGGUCUUAGUCUUACAGGCUCCAAGAAGGAUGUUAUGAGACAUAAGCUAAGAAUACAGACUGCAAAGUUGCUUUUUUUUAGAAAAAAAUAGUCUUACAGGCUCCAAGAAGGAUGUUAAGAGACUUAGAGCUAAAAAUACGGAUAACAAAGUUGAUGUACUAUUAAUGCUGUUGAAGUGGAUGCAUUAUGGUAACUAUUCGUACGCGUUAUUGCACGGAAAAAAAAUGAGGACGGUUCUUUAUUACAAUUAAGCCCAUCUUGAUAUGAAUUCUUGUUAUCAUUGAUGAGCUUUGAUCCUGAAACAUUUCCCACCUACCGAGUCUUAAUUGUGUCGAACAUUUUCCACUAUGUAAUGCAUUUUCUUAUUAGUGAAUGGUGGAGUUUGGAUGGAGAAGUACUGGUUUAUUUGCUUCGUGGGAUCCAAGUUUUUUAGCACUGGAAUUUGGUGUUUGGUCGGCUCAUCAAAUAACAAGAAAGUUUUGGAUUUGAAAUGGGCCAACUGAUAGCAGGUGACUUUGUAUGGGCCAGGUAUCAGCUUUUCUUUUUCUAUUUUCUUUAAUAUUUGCUGUAGUUGUGCCUAUAUUAUUUAUUUGAUGUUCUUUUUCGGCACCGUGGGAGAGUGAUGGUGGUGUACAGAAUAUUUCUGAUUCAUGUAUUUGAUAUAAUUGUCCGACUUAGACGUUUAUGAUUUCAUUUAAAGCAUUUCUGACAUUGUAGGAGGAUAGGCACCGCAUAAUUUUUUUUUUAACUCACCUGUUCGUAACAGAUGUAACUGGUAUGCUCAAGAAAAUAAGAGCCUUGUUUCAGAUUAUACCUGGGAAGAUCUUGUAGAUCUAAGAGUGUGUCUAAUGUGAAUUUUCGCAAUAGACAUUUUACGAACUAAUUAUCAUAUAGCAUUUGCUCUUACAACUUAUCAUAUUUGUUCACAGCUUCCCUUGAUCAAUUCGGUAUGUGUCAACAUUGCGACUUUGGUGAUGUUUUUUUUUAUUUUUAAAGAAAUUUUUAUAUCACGUUCCUAACUUAUUUAUUUAUUUUCAUUUUGA